GUCAUUCAAAGGUGACAACUGUCAACUGUCAAGUUACAAAUUAAAAAUUAUUUCUUCGAUCAUUUUGUAAACAAUUAGUUUUAAUAUUUUAUUACAAGUUACAACUCCAUAAAAAUUACCCGACGGAUCCUAAUUGAUAUCACUGACAAAUAACUUACCUGGUUCUUCAGCGUGGCUAUAAUGGACAGUUUGUCAGUGAAAAAAAUUAUUUCACCAUCACAACUUUUAGAAAAACGUCCCUAUGUUCUAAAGUAACAUUGUGAUGUAAUUAUCAUUAAUCCCAAAUGCAAAAGACAGAUGGCUAUAGAUCGCGCCGGCGCAGAGUCGGGCGUGCCGCGGCCGCCGCGCACGCGCGUGAUCACGCUCGAGCACGCCGCGCACAAUGACUCCACGCUCUACAGGUUUGAAAAAGGCUGCUAUUUACAGUUCUGCCCCGGGCCCAGCUUAUUCGGCCGGAAAGUGUUCCUUUACACCAACUAUGUUAUGUCAGACAAUCAAGAAGACAACAACAGCGAGCAGGCAGAGUUCGUCCGCAACCAGUACUACGGGCUGGAGUGGCGCCGCGCGGCGGCUGGCGCGGACGCCGGCGCCGCCAGCCUCGGCGCCGGCGUCCUCGUCGACGACACCGACCUCUACUGCGAGCUCAAGCUGGCCCGGGCUGGCUCCUUCCAUUAUUACUUUGUCUAUGACAACGCUGAGUCCCCGAUCGGUCCGCAAGGCUCGGGCUGGUUCCAAGUGCCGCCGACGCUGCGGACGGGCGCGGCGGACGCGGAGCUGCCGCUGGACGCGCUGCUGUGCCACACGGUGCUGGCGAAGGCGCUGGGGCCGCUGCCGCGCUGGGAGCGCGUGCUGCGCGUCAGCAAAGAGGCCGGCUACAACAUGAUACACUUCACGCCGGUGCAGGAGCUGGGUGCGUCAAACUCGAGCUACAGCAUCGCGAACCAGCUCCGUUUGAACCCCAAGUUCGACAGCGACGGCCGCGAGGCCACCUUCGCCGACGUCGAGAACCUGGUCUCCAAGAUGAGGAACGAGUGGAAGAUGUUGUCAAUAUGCGACAUAGUGCUGAACCACACCGCCAACGAAGCCCCGUGGCUGGCGAGGCACCCCGAGGCGAGCUACAACUGCGGCAACAGCGCGCACCUGCGGCCGGCGGCGCUGCUGGACGCGGCGCUGGCGGCGCUGGGCGCGGCGGCCGCGCGCGGCGACCUCGUGCCGCGCGGCGUGCCCAGUCGCGUCUCGCACCACGACCAUAUAGAGGCGAUCCGACAUCUGCUGGAGACGCAGCUGGUGCCCGAGGCCCGACUGCACGAGAUGUACAUAUGCAACACGCAGGACAUCGUGCAUGAGUUCUACUACAUGGCGAAAAACAAGGUGCCCCCCGUAAAGACGAGCACGGAAUCAGACCGCGGUGAAUUGAAACUGAUUCAGGACCCGCAGUUCCGAAGACUCAAGUCUACGGUCGAUUUGGACCUGGCUUUGCAGAUAUAUAAUGUUUAUAGAAACGACUGCUACGACGAGGAGUCCCGCUUGAAGAAAUGCUGUGAGGAACUGAAGCGCAAGUUGGAGCAACUGAACGACGCCGCAGCCGAGGAGCUGGGGGAACAUCUGAGGGCCGCCAUCGACAACUGUGUGGCCGGCAUGAGAUACUUCCGUCUACAGUCUGAUGGACCGAAAAUAGAAGAAAUCAGCGAGAAAAAUCCCUUAGUGCCUAGAUACUUCACAUGGGGGGCCGCGAUUCGGGUCGAAACUAGUUCUUUAGCGGAAGUAGAGGCGGCCCUGUUCGGGGACCAGGGCCAGCUGGUCAUGGCCCACAACGGGUGGGUCAUGAACGCGGACCCACUGCAAGAUUUCGCCUCGAAGGAGCAUAAUGGAAGAGUUUAUCUGAGGAGGGAACUGAUUGCGUGGGGAGACAGUGUUAAAUUGAGAUAUGGUGAUCGUCCCGAGGACAGCGUGUUCCUAUGGUCCCACAUGCGGCAGUAUGUGGAGUUGACCGCGGAGGUGUUCGAUGGCGUUCGACUGGACAACUGUCACUCCACCCCGCUACAUGUGGCAGAGUAUAUGUUGGACUGCGCCCGCAACGUGAAGCCCGACCUGUACGUGGUGGCGGAGCUGUUCACCAACUCCGACCAGGUCGACAACAUCUUCGUCAACCGCCUCGGGAUCACCUCGCUUAUACGUGAGGCGCAAAGCGCGUGGGACUCCCACGAGCAGGGUCGACUGGUCCACCGAUUCGGCGGGCGACCGGUCGGGUCGUUCAUCCGGCCGCCCAGGCGCGCCGCCGCGCCGCGGGUGGCGCACGCAAUGCUACUGGACUUGACGCAUGACAACCCUUCGCCCUUGGACAAACGUUCGGUGUUCGACAUGCUGCCGUCCGCGGCGCUGGUGGCCAUGGCGUGCUGCGCCACCGGCUCCACGCGCGGCUACGACGAGCUGGUGCCGCAUCACAUCCACGUGGUGGACGAGGCCCGCCUGUACGCGGAGUGGGGCGCGGCGGACGAGGAUGAGCCGCGCGCGGGCGCCGGUGUCGGCAUCCUCGCGGCCAAGCGGGUGCUCAACGACCUCCACGCCGAACUGGCCAGAACUGGAUAUUCUGAGGUGUAUGUGGAUCAAAUGGACGCUGAUGUCGUCGCUGUGACUCGACAUAACCCUAAGUCUCGAAAAUCGGUGAUCUUGGUAGCGUUCACGGCGUUCAAUGCUCCGGACCCUGCGGACAACGGGAGAUACGUCAAGCCUCUGAAGUUUGAGGGAGAAUUGGAGGAGAUCUUAUUCGAAGCCGACCUCACGCAUGUUGAUCACAAGAAGACCGGGCGGCCGCUGCAGCCGCCGGCGGCCCACACCCGGCACCCGCGCAUCAUCAACGGCCUGUCUGAGUACUCGCUCAACCUCCAUCGCCGCGUGGCCCUGUCCUCUUCCACCGUGUUCUCAGCGUCGCGCCGCGAUGGACCGCACACGGUGCUGGAGUUCCGUCCGCUGAGGCCCGGCACUGUUGUGUGUUUGCGGUUGCAUCAUAAUCAGCAUGCAACGGCGCUGGGUCAGCUGAGCCGGCAGAUAGAGCUGGUGCACGCGCAGCGUCCGGACGCGCUGGGGCUGGAGCCGCAGCUGUCGCAGCUGGGGCUGGGCGCGCUGGGCGCGCUGCUGCACCGCUGCGACGCGGAGGAGCGCGCGGCGCGCGGCGCCGGCGUCUACGACGUGCCCGGUCUGGGGCCCGCCGUCUACGCCGGACUGCAGGGCGUGGCCUCUAUCCUCUCCGAAGUCCGUCCUUCAGACGACCUCGGCCACCCGCUCUGCGACAAUUUACGCGCCGGUGAUUGGCUGCUCGACUACCAAUGGCAGCGUCUAGAACGAGACCCAAAUUUGGCGCCAAUAGCCUCACGCAUACGCGAGAUAUUGCGGCCGCUGUCGGAAAUCCCGCGCUUUUUGGUUCCCGCGUAUGCUGAUGCGCUAUUGAUGGCUCUGUACGAUGAAGUUACAAAGGUUGCUUUGAGUAAAUUGGGCGCCCCGGGGCGCGGCGGCUCGUUCUCCCGCGCGCUGGCGCUGACGAGCGUGCAGCUGACCGCGGCCCCCACCCACGCGGCGCUGCCCCCCCUCUCUCCCGCGCUGGCGCCGCCGCGGCCAUCGAACGUGUCCUCGCUGUCGGCGGGGUUGCCGCACUUCGCCACCGGCUACAUGAGGUGCUGGGGGCGGGACACGUUCAUAGCUCUUAAGGGAAUUUUCCUACUGACCGAACGGUACCAAGACGCCCGCUACCACAUCCUGGGCUUCGGCGCAUGCCUUCGUCACGGCCUCAUUCCGAAUCUACUUGACGGCGGCCAUAAUGCAAGGUUCAACUGCCGUGACGCCGUCUGGUGGUGGCUGCAGAGCAUCAAAGAGUACUGCACCCUAGUGCCCCAAGGCCACGCGAUACUGUCGGACCCCGUGUCCCGGCUGUUCCCUAAGGACGACAGCGAACCCGCACCCCCUGGUGCCGUCGACCAGCCGCUACAUGACGUCAUGCAGGAAGCACUGGACGUGCAUUUUCAGGGUCUAGUGUUCCGCGAGCGCAACGCCGGCCGCGCGAUCGACGCCCACAUGUCGGACAAAGGGUUCAACAUUCAGAUCGGAGUGGACCCCGAGACGGGAUUCCCGUUCGGAGGGAACGACGCCAAUUGUGGCACCUGGAUGGACAAGAUGGGGUCCUCAGAACCCGCCGGCACUAGAGGCAAGCCGGCGACCCCGCGCGACGGGUCGGCGGUGGAGCUCGUGGGGCUCGCGCACUCCGCCGUCAGCUGGCUCGCGGCGCAGCACCGCGCCGGCCGGUACCCCUACCCGGGCGUCGUCAGGAGGCACAGAGACGGCAGCCUAACCUCCUGGACGUACUCACAAUGGGCAGACAAGAUUCGCGCCAAUUUCGAGCGCUACUUCUGGAUCCCGCCCGCGCCGUCCGCCGCGGACGCGCGGCCCGACCUCGUGCACCGCCGCGGCAUCUACAAGGACAGCCACGGCGCCUCCCGCCCCUGGGCCGACUACCAGCUCAGGUGCAACUUCCCCAUCGCUAUGGCUGUGGCGCCGGAAUUGUUUGACCCGAAAAAAGCCUGGGCAGCGUUGGAUAUUGUAGAGAAACUGCUGCUCGGGCCCCUGGGCGUCAAGACCCUGGACCCUGAGGACUGGGCCUAUCGCGGAGACUAUGACAACUCUAACAGUAGUGACGACCCUAAUGUGGCUCAUGGAUUUAACUACCACCAGGGUCCGGAAUGGGUGUGGCCAAUCGGGUUCUACCUGCGCGCGCGCCUCAACUUCGCGCACGAGGUGGGCCGCUACGCGCGCACCGUGGCGGCCGUGUACGGCGCGCUGGGCCCGCUCUGUGCGGAGAUCAGGUCUAGUCCGUGGCGCGGGCUGCCUGAGUUGACGAAUGCUAAUGGCGCGUAUUGCAGAGAUUCUUGUCGUACUCAGGCGUGGAGCUCCGCGCUGGUGCUGGAGGUGCUGCGCCACGCGCCCCGCGCGCCCUCCCCGCGCCGCCUCUACGCCGAGGUGUACUCCGCCCCGCCGCGUCCUCCCCGCCCUCAUCGCCAGCGCCUCCCCUGCCUCGCCCGUCUGCUGCGCCGCAGACCCGCGCCCGAGCGCCUCGCCCGCACCAUCUACAACUUCCUGCAGAGUCGCAGCGGAUCGCUCGCGACCGUCGUUUACAGCGAUCGAUACUUCAAGUACGGGUUACCGCUCGACGCGAUACCUGUCCCCUCGAGAAAGUUCGACGCGUUCGUUCAGAUGAAUAAAACGACCCAUUAUAUCCCGCUUCGGAAUCCGAUACCGAAAUUGUCUCCCGGCGCGGGAGUGUUGCGGGACGCAGACGCGCGCACAGUGUACCGCUCGCCGCGGUACGCCCCGCUGAGACGCAUCCGUCGCGACGUUCCCCAACUGUUCGCUCUGUCUUCGGAUGCUCGAUUCGAAAUGCGAGAAUUCGAGCGCGAGGGCUGGCGUCGCCCGCUGGAGUACCGUCGUCCGCGCGACGGUUUUCCCCCAUUCGCCUUUUACAAAGACCCUCCCCGGGCAUCUCUGCAGCGCUGCGUCAGUCGGUCAUCUUUAACUUCGAUAAUAUCCACAGAAGCACGCAUACCUCAAUUCGCUUUGGACGAAUAUAUGGAGAUCGAUAUCAAAUCGGAUUCCGGUUCUAUUCGCAAAAGACGGUCUAGCACAGUGUCCUACAAAGAUAAUAAAGAUGAAAAUAAAGAAAAUGUGGUCCAGACGGCGAAAAGCGGGUUUUUGGAGCGCAAGAUUUUAAACACAGAGCGGUAUAACAACGGUGCGCAGGCGCCGCUGCUGGGGCGGGCGAGGCGAUCAUCUUUGGGGCGGGGGCCUCGCUCUUCGACGCGCAACGCACAGCGCGCAACUAUACGCGCGGUAUUGGCUAGUAGCGCGCUUUUUUACGCAUUAGCCUUGAUAUCUUUCUACUUUUUGAGUCUGGCGUAAAAGUUAAAAUGAAAAUAUAUAGGGCUGAUCGUCUAAAUAUAUAUAUAUAUAUAUAUAUAUAUAUAUAUAUAGACCGGUCUCCCAUAGUGCCAUAUUAUUAGUGUAUUAACAAAUUUGUCACGUCUCUAUCCCUUACGGUGUAGACAAUACAUUGAGAUUCAUU